AUGUCAAAAGGCAUAUUCACCCACGCACUCGGCGGUAGGGCCUCCAAGCUCCAAGCCAGUACGACACCAUGUCCCAUACGGAUUUACAGCCCAGUUUCGCUCCCGUCGCCGCAUCGACCCAUUGAUCUAAAGCUCCGGGUAACAAGUCCCGCCACGGGGCUCAAUCUCCCAAUCAUCCUGCUUUCCCAUGGACACGGCCCCAGCAACUGGCUUUCGUCGCUACACGGGUACGGCCCUCUGGCCGAAUACUACGCUGCCGAUGGGUUCGUGGUCUUGCAGCCCACGCACCUCAGUUCCCGAUCGCUGAGCUUGGAAAAACCUCCCCAGGGGGACGAAUUGUACUGGACCUCCCGCACUGAAGACAUGUCGCAGAUCCUCAACCAGCUCGACAUGAUAGAAGCCACGGUCCCGGAAUUAAAAGGCCGUCUGGACAGGGAUAAGGUCGCCGUGGUUGGCCACUCGUUCGGGGGCAUGACGGCGUCGAUGCUCCUCGGCGCGACCAACACCGAUCCACGAACUGCCUCCAAGGUCGACGCCUUUGACGCCCGUAUCAAAGCGGGCGUCGUCAUUGGCGGGCCUGGGAACGGCGGAGGUGACUUGUCAGAGGGGGCAAAGGCGCGUCUGCCGUUUUACGGGCCGGAUUUCAGCACCAUGCGCACAAGGGCAUUGGUGGUGGCGGGAGAUGGAGAUUUGAGUCCUCACUUUACCGUGCGCGACGAGACGUGGCACAUGGACCCGUAUGCCUUCAGCCCCGGGCCAAAGGACGUGUUCAUCAUGACGGGGGUCAAACACACCUUUGGUGGUAUCAGUGGGUGGGAUGUAGCUGAGACGCAGGAGGGUGCGGCAAGGAGCCCCGAGAUAUUGGGGGUUGUGCAGAAGGUGACGUCGGCGUGGCUCCGGGGCGCCCUCUACGGGGAUAAAUCCUGGGACGCUGUUCGGGAGACUGUACAAGACUUGGGGUUGGGGACCGUACAGUCAAAGGGUUAG